CAUCAGCUUAAUUAGACAAGCAUUCCCCAUUAGCUUAUAAAUUGGCAUGCUAGAGGCUAGAGUUUCGUAGCAACUAGGAAGAUUGGCCAUGGCUACUUUUGCUUCCAUCUUCCACAGUUGCUUCAUGUAUUCUUCUCUAAUUCUUUAUUUAUGCCUUUUCUUCUCUUUAGAAAAGGGUUCUUUUGCUUUUGAAGCAAGAAAAAUAGCAGAAAGCCAACAUCUUCAACUUUUCCAUACCAUUCAAGUUAGCGAUUUGCUUCAAUCAACUUCCUGCAAGAACUCUACCAAAGAAAACACGGCAGUCUUGAAGGUGGUUCACAGGCACGGGCCAUGCUCCCAGCUGAAUCAAGGCAAUGCAAAUGCUCCCGAUCUCGAGAAAAUCCUUGCUGAAGAUCAAUCCAGAGUGGAUUCAAUUCACUCAAAGCUCUCCAUAACCUCCGGAGGCAGCUAUGUCAAGCAGACGGAUGGUACUAGACUUCCAGCCAAUAAAGGUCUCUCCCUUGGCACAGGCAAUUACUUUGUCACCGUGGGACUUGGCACUCCUAGAAAGAAUCUCCCACUCAUCUUCGACACUGGAAGUGACCUCACUUGGGCAAAAUGCAAGCCUGGCGUCGAUGCCUAUGACCCUACUAAAUCCACUUCCUAUUUCAACAUUUCUUGCACUUCAGAAAUUUGCCCUUAUGUCACUUCCGCUACAGGUAUGCGUCCUGAUUGUGUCUCCUCAACGUGUGUGUACGGCCUCCAAUACGGUGACGGAUCAUUCUCUGUUGGAUUCUUGGCCAAAGAAAGGCUAAGCGUUGGAUCUACCGACGUUUUUGACAAUUUCUACUUCGGUUGUGGCCAGAGAAAUGAAGGACUGUUCGGGAAAGUUGGCGGCCUGAUUGGUCUUGGCCGAGCUAAGUUGUCCAUCGUCACACAAACCGCUUCAAAAUACAAUAAGCUUUUUUCCUACUGUCUCCCAGCUUAUGGCAAAACCGGCUUUCUGAGUUUCGGUGCCUCACAAUCAAAAUCUGCUAAAUUCAUCCCUCUAUCUUCUAAUGCAAACUUUUAUGGCCUCGAACUCAUUGGAAUUAUCGUAGGCGGCCAGAAGCUUCCAAUCUCCAUAACGGUGUUUUCUAGAGCAGGAACAAUCAUAGACUCUGGCACUGUAAUCACACGGCUGCAGCCGGCUGCUUACUCUGCUCUCCGUUCAGCAUUCGAGAAAGCAAUGUCCAAGUAUCCAAAGGCUAAGCCACUGUCAAUACUGGACACUUGCUAUGAUUUUAGCAAGUACGAAACAGUUAGUGUGCCGAAGAUUGUGUUUUCGUUUAAUGGAGCUGACGUAGAAAUCGAUCAAGCAGGAAUCUUUGUUGCAAAUGGGCAAGCGCAAGUGUGUUUAGCGUUUGCUGGGAACAGCGACGCCAGGGAUGUAGCGAUUUUUGGGAACACGCAACAACAGAAUUUUGAGGUGGUGUAUGAUGUGAAUGGAGGGAAGGUCGGGUUUGCUCCUGGGGAAUGCUAAUUUAGGCUUUAGCUACUAAAAAUUAUGGGUAAUCAAGACUUUAAUAGCUUGAGUAAAGAAAUUAAAUAAUUUAAUUUUCUUUAACUUUUUCUUCUUC